AUGGCCUUUGAAGUUGAGCCAGCGCAUACAUCUGAUGCACCACAAAUAGCACGCGUCUUCCAUGCCGCCUUCUCGGACGCCUUCAGCAGACAAAUGUUGCCACCGACGGAGGAUGUGAAGGCAUGGGUCAUUGAGAACGUGGCCGGCGGCGCUGGCGCGCAGCCGCACGAGGCAUUUUUGAAAAUCCGUGAUGAUGAGGGUAAAGUUGCGGCAUUUGCAAAAUGGGUCCUGCCGCGGGAUGCAGAGGAAGAUCAACACAAACCCGAUGCUGAGGGUUCAUGGCCUGUCGGUGCCGAUCAGGAGCUUUGUGCGAUGUUUUUCGGAACAAUGAGUGAGCAUCAUCGAGAGCUGAUGGGAACCAGGCGGCAUUAUUAUCUCGAGAUGCUUGGAGUUGAUCCUGCGUAUCAAGGACGCGGGCUGGCGUCUAAGCUUUUGAAAUGGGGCCUUGCAAGGGCGGACGAGGAAGGCGUUGAGUUCGCCACAGGGACGGAAGGUGUAUGA